AUGGAAAGAAGCGAUUUGAAAUGGAUGUAUGAAGGUUCGAAAUCGCUUAUCAACAGGGAAGAUUAUUUGCUUGGAAAACGGAUUGAUAAAAAUUUCGAAAAAUAUUCUGAUGUUGUCAAUGAGGAAAAGGAAACUGGCAUAGAUUCUGUUGUACAAAAUCGAUUAUUCACACUCAGUCCUUCAGCAUCAAAAAUCUCGAAUCUCGAAAUCAGUGUUGUUCGCUCCGAAGAUCCCCUUGUUGCUAUUAAAAUGAAGCAGGAAAAAUUGAAGCAAGAAAGAUUGGAAAAUCCAUUAGUUUUACUAAAAAUGAAGAAAUUUCUGAGGAAAGCGAUGGAAAAAAAAGAUGAUGAAACAAAAAGGCACAAGAAAUCUUGUCCUAAGAAACAUGGAUCAAAAAGAUAUCGAGCAAGUCGAUUUGCAGCUGAACAUGAAAAAAAAGCAAAGGAUUACAAGAAAUAUCGACAUCAUGAUUCAAAUCUUGAACAAAAAAAUAAGCAUUUAACAAAAAUAUCGGACGAUGAAAUGGAGAAGAAACGCCAAGAAAUGUUAAAAAAUGCCGAUUGGCGAAAUUCAGCGAGAAAAAACAAUGUAAAAGCUGCAGCGAUUCAAGAUGAGUACGAAGAACGAAAUAAUCAAAAUAAAGCAGUUGAUUUUAUUAGACCAAUGUUGAAUAAGGCAGCAUCAGCACUGACUAUUGAAAAAUCAUUGAACAGUAAGCGACAGCAUCUACAGAAAUCAUAUGGCUAUAUGGAAAGGCGUUAA